ACAUGGUUUUGGGUUGUAAUUGGUUCAGUCUUAAAUUUUUUGUUAGUGAUCUCAUUGGCAUGUAUAUGUCCGUCUUUAUUUGAAGUUGUUUAAUAAUGUCUCGGAAUUUACCAAAAUUUUAUUACUUCUAUUAUUUGAACCCAAAGUGAGGGCAAAAGUUCCUCAAGCUGGAGCAUGGUCCUGCGAUAUUAAUGUUAGGUCCAAAUGUUAGGUCCACAGUUGUUGGAAAAUGUUGCAAAGGAAACUUUGGCAUGUCAAGUCUUGCAUUCAAAUGAUUUUCAAUACAAGUUGAUUUUAUCCGGUGGUAAAGAAUCAUACUAUGAACAAUUUAGCAAGACAUCAUAUUCUUCCCCUCAUGACACCUGGAACUGAGAGUACUAUUACAAGUACUAGAAUUAAGAUGCCAAAUAUAGGGAGUGAAGGAUUGGAUUUGUCUGUUCAUCGUUUUAUCAACAGUCAACAGAAACUCAAGAAUGAUUCAUUUCAGUAGUUACUUCAAAACCCCUGUGAGCCCCGAACAUAUUAUUCCAAAUCCUGUCAUCCAUAAAAUGACUACUGAGAUGGAGAAGAUGACAAGGAUUCUAAGGUGUUUUCUUUCAUUACCAUAUAAAUGUUAAUAUCUAUGUUACAUAUGAUUAUAAUGGAAAAGUGUGAUUUGCGACAUCCACUUUGCCAUUGAAACGUGAGACAAUGAUAGAUUAGAAUGGAAUGACUUUCAAAUUGUUUGUUAUCACAAAGUGCAAGAAGACGAGAUAUAAGGUGAGGAUUUGGUUAAGCUAAUUUUUUAUAAACCUAGGAUGUUCUUUUAUACAUAGAGAUAAUAUUUCAAGGUAAUAACUUGGAACUCUAGUAUUUAGGGAAAUAUACACAACUAUGUUACUUACUAUUCUUGAAGUCUCACAUUGGACUUGUCCCUUCCUAGUAUGAGUAUUGUACAACAGUAUUCGUUUCUAGAGAGUGAAUACCUUAGAAGUGUCUAAGGUAUGGAUGAAAAGAAAGAUGUCUUAGUGGUUUUUUCUUGGUCUCCACCUCACCUCACCUUGAAGUUCAAUUCUUAAAUUGUGUCGGACUAUACUAUAACAAUAACGCCUAUCUUGUAAUGAUGAAGAAAUAUCAAGAUAAAAUGUGGUAAGAGUUAGGAAGAAACUCUAGUUAGUUAUUGAGAUAUUAGCUUAAUAUAACUUAUAUUGAUUUAUAGGAAAAAGGAAUGAUCAUUUCCAGUAAUCAUAUAUUCCCAGUGUUGCUGUUUUUAUUAUGUAUAGAUGGAUGUGUGGAGGCUUCCCUUUGAUAGCUUAUUGUGAUGCACCAGAACCAUGGCAACUAGGAUUUCAAGAUGCAGCAACACCUAUAAUGGAAGGAAUAAUGGCCUUGCAUCACGAUGUCUUUUUCUUCCUUAUUUAGAUUUUGGUGUUUGUAUUAUGAGUCUUGGCUCGUGCUUAAUGGUGUUUCAGGUCUAAAAUUUGUCCAAUCCUACGAAUGAUUUUUCAUGGAACUUGAAAUAUGUAAAGGGUGUGCUGUUUAAAACUUCUGAUACUUGUCAUAUACUGGGACCCCCUUCCCUCUGGUCCCUUCUAUUGUUAUUCAUCCAUGUUUGGUACUACAAUUUUCCAUUUGGUUAUCCUCUUCGUAUCGAUCGUUAAUCUCAGCGCUAGCAUAUGAAGGAUAUGGCAUCUAAACUUUCCUGUAUCUGAGUGUUUAUAGUUUAAACAUCUGAAAUCCAAUUGGGCUGUUAGUAGUACUGAUAAAAAUGUCGGAGGGAACCAGUUUGGUGCUGGAAUCAUCUGAAAAUGGUACGGAUUUGUCUCAGGAAGACAUUGACACCAUCGAGGAAACAGCAGAGGAAACAAUUUUGUCAAGACAAACUUCUGUCAACCUUGUUCCUUUUAUUGGUCAAAGAUUUGUAUCUCAAGAAGCAGCUUAUGAAUUUUAUUGCAGUUUUGCUAAACAGUGUGGCUUUUCAAUUAGACGACACCGAACUCGAGGGAAAGAUGGGGUUGGAAGGGGAGUUACAAGGAGGGAUUUCACUUGCCAUCGUGGUGGUUAUCCCCAGAUUAAACCUUCUGAUGACGGAAAGGUGCAAAGGAACCGCAAAUCAUCUCGCUGUGGUUGCCAAGCAUACAUGCGUAUUGUGAAAAGGGCAGAUUUUGAUGUCCCUGAAUGGCGUGUUACUGGUUUUAGGAACACACACAAUCAUGAGCUAUUAAAAUCCAAUGAGGUGCGCCUUCUUCCAGCUUAUUGUCCGAUAUCUCCUGAUGACAAGAGUCGAAUAUGCAUGUUUGCUAAAGCUGGAAUGUCAGUAAGGCAGAUGUUAAGACUGAUGGAGCUGGAGAAAGGUGUCAAACUUGGCUGUCUUCCUUUUACAGAGAUAGAUGUAAGAAACUUGCUGCAGUCUUUCAGAAUUGUGGACAGAGAUAAUGAUGCCAUUGAUUUGAUUGCUAUGUGCAAGAGGUUAAAGGAUGAAAACCACAACUUCAAAUAUGAAUUCAAAAUAGAUAGUAAUAACAGGCUUGAACAUAUUGCAUGGUCCUACAGUUCAUCCAUUCAAUCAUAUGAGGCAUUUGGCGAUGCUGUAGUUUUCGAUACCACCUACCGAGUAGAUGCUUAUGACAUGUUGUUGGGAUGUUGGCUUGGUGUGGACAAUCAUGGCAUGCCUUGUUUCUUUAGUUGCGCACUUCUACGGGAUGAAAACAUACAAUCUUUCUCAUGGGCUCUCAAGGCUUUCUUGGGGUUCAUGAAAGGAAAGGCUCCUCAAACAAUAUUGACGGAUCACAACACUUGGCUGAAAGAAGCUAUUGCAGUUGAAUUGCCUGAAACCAAACAUGCUUUUUGUAUAUGGCAUAUACUUUCUAAGUUCUCUGAUUGGUUUUCUUUACUUCUUGAAUCACAAUAUGAUGAGUGGAAAGCUGAGUUCCACCGGCUCUACAAUUUGGAACUGGUGGAAGAUUUUGAAGAAGGCUGGCGGCAAAUGGUUGACAAGUAUGGACUCCACACAAAUAAACAUAUCAUUAGCCUAUAUUCAUUGAGGACAUUUUGGGCUUUACCAUUCUUGAGGCGCUACUUCUUUGCAGGAUUAACCAGUACAUCUCAGUCUGAGUCCAUUAAUGCUUUCAUCCAACGUUUCUUGAGUGCCCAAUCUCAACUAGACCGUUUUGUGGAGCAAGUGGCUGAUAUUGUUGAUUUUAAUGACCGAGCCGGAGCGAAGCAAAAGAUGCAAAGGAAACUGCAAAAAGCGUGCCUCAAAACUGGUUCGCCUAUUGAAUCCCAUGCUGCCACUGUACUCACUCCUUAUGCCUUGAAUAAACUUCAGGAAGAGCUAGUUUUGGCGCCACAAUAUGCAUCCUUCCUGGUUGAUGAAGGUUGUUUCCAGGUCAGACACCAUUCUCAGACAGAUGGAGGGUGCAAAGUAUUUUGGGUUCCUUGUCAAGAGCACAUAAGCUGCAGCUGUCAUCUGUUUGAGUUUUCAGGCAUCUUAUGUAGACAUGUGCUACGUGUCAUGUCAACUAAUAACUGUUUUCACGUCCCUGAUCAAUAUUUACCAGGUCGAUGGCGAGGCACCGGUUCAUCUUCUGUUAACCACUUCCGGGGUACCACUAGUAGGGAUCAGCCCGAAAGGAUGCAACUUUUGGAAUCCAUGGUUUCAACAUUUUUUGUGGAAUCCAUUGAAACUGAGGAACGUCUGGAUGUUGCUUGCGAGCAAAUUUCCAUGGUGCUAUCACGCAUCAAAACUCUUCCUAGGUCUCCACAUGGGGUGAAUGACAUUGCAUUUGGUUAUCCAUCAGAUUCACUGAUCCUCCCAGAGGUAGAAGAUGCUAAUGGAAUGAUUCACAGCUUUACAAUCGCAAAUCCCCAUGAUUCUAUCACUACAGGAAAACUGAAGGAAAGAAGGGCCAGAGAUGGAGUCGAUCUCACAAGGAAGCGAAGACAGUUUCCUGCACCAUUGUGUGCUCAAUAUGGACAUGAUCCAUCUGAUUGCUCAAUAAUGGCGACUGACAAUAUGAGUGGAGAUGCAUUAGGGUACUUGUAAAGUGGGUGGAAGUAGUAUUGUUGUACAAAGUAAAUGCAUUUUUUUGGGGGGUACAUAGAUGCAUUUUUUUUUUUUUUAUUUCGGAUGCAUGUAAUGAGCAUUUGUUAUAUUUUGCUGCACCCCAGUGGUACAAAUGUUCCUCCCUCUUUUUACAUGAACAAAUGUUUCGGUGCUUCUUGCACCAUUGUAUGGGCAUGAGAAUUUAGAUUUGCUUAAAUACAUAAAUCUUUUUGCUUCUA